UUAGAAAAAAUAGAAAAUGAUAGAAUUAAGAAAACAAUUGUAACACCUGUCAUCACUACUCCCUUCUUCUCAUUAGGAUUAGCAGAAAUUGAAGAAGAGGAAAACAAUAAAACAAAUAAAGAAGAGGAAGAGUUUGAAUUUUCCAUAGGGAGCGAAACUGUGUCGGAUAACAAUAAUUACAGUGAUAGAAGUUGCAAAAUAUGGAUCUGAUCUAAGGGGAGGAUUUUCUAGUUUUGCUGUAUAUGCAAAUGGUCUUACAGAGAAUAUGAUUAUCGGGAAUUCACUCAGCUCUCUUCUGCGAGUAGUUUCGGUCUCUGGCGCAACACCAGGAGAAUAUAACGAAAAGAUUUAUGAUACACCCAUAUAUGCCCGUGUCCUACCUAGAGAGAUUAAUGAGAUAGAGAUCGAGUUAAGAACAUUGGAUAAUGGACGAUUAGUUCCUUUCGCAUACGGAACAGUUUUAAUAGUAUUGAUAUUCAAAAAAGUGAUAAAUUUUUAA